AUGGAGACAACAAGCGAAUUUUCAAUUCGCAACCUUCUUCGCUCGGAAUCCUGGUCGAAAUUGCUUGAAAAUGAGCUCAAAAAACCGUAUAUCGCGAAAAUCGAGAAAUUUUUGAACAACGAAUACGCAAAGGGCAAGCAAAUUUUUCCUCCCAAGAGCGAAAUUUUCACCGUGUUCAAUUUGGUGCCAUUUGAUCAGAUUAGUGUCGUCGUUAUCGGCCAAGAUCCGUACCAUGAUGAUAAUCAAGCCCAUGGAUUAUCGUUUUCUGUUAAAAAGGGAGUCAAACCGCCGCCAUCUUUGAAGAAUAUUUAUAAGGAGCUUGAAGCUGAUAUUGAAGGAUUCAAGCGGCCGGAUCAUGGCUAUUUGGUUGGAUGGGCGAAACAGGGUGUUUUUAUGCUCAAUGCGACGCUGACUGUCAGUGCUCACGAAGCGAAUUCGCAUGCGAAAAUUGGAUGGCAGACAUUCACUGAUGCCGUGAUUUCGUUGAUUUCAAAACAGUCGCAAAAACCAAUCGUUUUCCUUUUAUGGGGAGGAUUUGCACACAAGAAAGAAGAAUUGAUUGAUACGAAGAAGCAUGUUGUGAUCAAGACUGCUCAUCCGUCUCCACUAAGUGCUCGCAAAUGGCAUGGUUGCAAAUGUUUUUCGAAAUGCAACGAAGAGCUCGAAAACAAUGGACGAAAUCCAAUUGAUUGGACGGAUUUGUAA